UGUCGGUGCAGGUGUGUGAUAAUGGAGAAAAUAGAUAAUGUUCAGACACAGGUUAAGGAUCGCUUUCCUAGGAUCGUAUUUUUCAUAAUUCUCACCGAAUUCUGCGAACGCUUCUCAUUUUCUGGCAUGAAAGCAUUCCUUACCUUAUACUUACGAAGUAAGUUGGGUUAUACUGAUGAAGGGGCAACGGAGACUUACCACGUGUUCACUACAUUUGUGUACGUGUUCCCAAUUAUCGGCGGCAUCCUUGCUGAUAACUGGCUCGGAAAGUUCAGGACUAUUCUAUAUUUGAUGUUUAUAUACGCAGCUGGCAAUAUAUUAGUGGCUGUGACAGCGAUUCCAGUGCUCAAUUUACCUGCAAAUACAUACACUCUCCUGGGCCUGUUUAUGAUAACCCUCGGUACGGGGGGCAUAAAGCCAUGCACUACUGCGUUUGGUGGUGAACAAUUGCAAUCGCCUGAACACCAGAAGUAUCUAGCUAUCUACUUCAGUAUCUUAUACUUUGUGUUGUGUGUGGGCAGUGUGAUAGCGAAGAUAGUGUCGCCAAUAUUGAGGUCGGAGGUGCAAUGUUUUGGGGACAAAGACUGCUAUUCACUCGCGUUUGGCGCUCCUGGGUUAGUCGUUCUACUGUCUAUGGUUAUUUUUGUGAGUGCACAGAGCAGAUACGUGAUAAACAAACCCAACGGGACUGUCCUGUUUGAUUUUGUAAAGUGCAUUUUUGCAGGUUUAAAGGCCACACUUAUAAAAGGAAAGAUGAAUAAAAAUGAUCAUUGGUUGGACAGCGUGCAACACAAGUAUGACAAGUCAUUCAUAAGGGAUGUGAAGAAAACGUUAUCUUUACUUAAGCUGUUUACUGUAAUACCGAUGUUUUGGGCUCUGUUAGAUCAGAUGGGUUCCAGAUGGACAUUACAAGCAACAAAGAUGAACGGAUCCCUGGGCUUCAUUACGGUUAAGCCAGAUCAGUUGCAAGUGAUUGCACCCGUUUGCAUUUUAAUUCUUAUCCCUUUGUCACAAAAGUACGUGUAUCCAUAUUUAGAAAAGCGUAAUAUUUUGAAGAAUCCAUUACACAGGCUCACAGUUGGGGGGAUAUUGGCAGGGUUUGCGUUUAUUGCUUCGGCCUUCGUCGAAAUAUAUAUAAAGACAACAUAUCCAGAGUUGCCGCAAGCGGGAUAUUCACAAAUUCGUAUUUUCAAUGGCAACCCUUGUUCUGUUUCAAUUUAUAACGACGAACAAAACAUAAUAUACACGAUUCCUUCUCUUUCACUCUACACAAAUAAGCACAUACCUGCGAGAGAGACAGAGAAUCUGACGUUAACUUUAGGCGGGAAUUGUAUAGAACCGCGAAACGAAACAUUUUGGCUAGAGGAAAAUAAUGCUGUUUCGUUUUAUUUAACUGGUGAUAAAGUGACGAGGCUUAUGGAUAAUGUUGAUAAGAGCAAAUCGGGACUUCCUGUUGUUAGGUUCUUCGUCUCAAAACAGGUAAAUGCGUCAACCAUAUCGCUUUUCAAUGAAAGGAGGAACGAAGUAGAGUGUCUUAUUCAUAGUGGUAUAUCAAAGCGAACUGAGGUUUUUGCGUCGGAGUACUCUUUGAGAGUGAAUUCCGUCUCGAAGGACCUGAGUAUGCUGAGCGGCGGUGUUUAUGCGAUCAUGGUUGGAGAUCAUUAUGAGACUUCCAUAAAUAUCAUAACUGAACCGAAUUCAAUCACUAUGGCCUGGCUGUUACCUCAGUUUAUAAUAAUUUCAGUAGCAGAGGUACUUUUCGCAAUAACCGGGAACGCAUUCUCGUUCAAAGAAUCUCCGGACAGCAUGAAAGCUGUUAUGACGGCGUUUUUCCUGCUCACCGAGGCGUUCGGAAACGUCAUUAUUAUAGUUAUAACAAGGGUUUUUGUUAACUAUACACAGGAAACGCAGUCUUUCAUAUAUUCAGGACUGAUGUUUGCGUCAAUAGCAGUAUUGUACUACAUGUCACGAAGUUAUAAGAUUAAAGAAGAAAAAACGGAAAAGAGUCGGAGUAACAGUGAAGUUUUGUACCAAAGAGUAAAACAAGUGGAAGAUGUAUUAUAAUAUGAUUAAAAUUAUAGAACUGUGAUAUUGUAUAGAAAUAAGUUGGGUAUAGAUAGGUUUAAUGCAAAGUAAAAACAAAGAAAUGUAUUUCAAGAAAGGAAAAUAAAACAAAUUUAUUUAUUAA